CUGUUGUGGAUAAAAUCUCCGAAUUUUACUUCUCACUCGCUGAUCUUUCUCUAUUUGGCUUUCACCAUGGGGGUCAAAUCCGGGAUAGAGGUGGCUCACGACGCAAUUUGAAACGAAACUCCACUGCGUGCCUGGCUCAUUUUUGGGCAAGAAAGGAGAGCGCUGCAUUAUGUAAUUUUGAUUGAGUCAGUGGGAUGGGGCAAUGAUGGAGACUAUUUUCAGCUCAAGAGGGGGGGGGGAGAAGGAUAAUCUUGCUGAUUCUGGUAUUUGUCAAUUUCAGUGGACAGAGACGUCAACCCUCCUCCAUUUGGGAAAGUAUAUUGUCGGAGAACAGACUAAUCGCAAAUAUGACCACUAAACUACCAACUGUACUUUUCGUGCCAGGAGCAUGGCACUUACCAGCCGGCUUUGACGCCGUCCGAGAGCUCCUCAAACCUCUUGGAUACCCAACUGAAGCAGUUGCUCUCCCCUCCAUUGGCGCGGAACCACCGACAAAGACUCUCGAAGAUGAUGCGGCUCACACUCGUGCUGCCAUUGAGAAGCUAGCAGAUGCAGGAAAGAAGGUCGUGGUUGUUACUCAUUCGUACGGCGGAGUCGUGGGAUCCUGUGCCGUUGAGGACCUGGGCUUUGCAACCAGGAAAGCUGCUGGCAAGGAGGGUGGUGUAAUUAACUUUGUAUACUUGAGCGCUUUCGCUUUGCCAAAGGGCGUCAGCCUUCUGGACGCUCUGGGAGGAAACCCAUUACCAUGGAUGAACAUCAAGGGCGAUUACGUGACACCCGACACACCAGAAGAUAUCUUCUACCACGAUAUGUCCCCUGCCGAGCAACAGAAAUGGAUCGCACAGCUCAAGCACACCUCUGCUGCGGUCUUCUCUGGCAAAUCCACGCACGAACCUUGGCACAACAUUCCUUGCACGUAUAUCUACUGUGAGGAGGACAAGGCGAUUCCACUCAUUGUGCAGCAAGGAAUUGCAGGGUCGAUGGGUGCUGGUAUUACGACGUUCAGCAUCAAGGCGUCUCAUUCGCCAUUUCUGAGCUGCCCAGAGAAGUUGGUGAAGGGUAUUGAGGUCGCGGCUAAGGCUGGGUUAGAUAAGAGUGGAUAGGAAGGUUCGAGGUUUGGUGGGGGUUAGAAGAGUGCAUUCAUUCAUUGCGACGGCGGUAAUGCCGAUGAUUAUCCUCGCCGCGACUCAGCGGCUCACGCGCCUGAAUCGAUAUCUUUCUUGGCAGGCACAGGGUCUUUAUCAUCAAACUAGCUCCUUUACUGAAAUGAUAAUCUUGGAAUAUUCUUAUUUGCC